GAAAAAUUCCAUUGAAUUGAAACCCUAAUUCUGAAAUCCAAUUACAUGGGAACCUGUACAUCAAAACCAUCAAAAUCAAAUCCAUACGCCCCAAGAAAUGAUAUAAUAAACACACCAUACCAAACUCCAACAACCGAUAAUCAUCAUCAUCAAUCCGUGAAGAAAUCGCCUUUUUCCUCCUUCUACAGCCCUAACCCAUUACAUUCCUCAACCCCACGUAGAUCCUACAAACGUCCAUUUCCUCCACCAUCACCAGCAAAGCACAUAAAAGCAGUUUUAGCACUACGGCAACGAUCAUCAAAACCUAAGAAACAAGAAGGGGAGAAUCAGAAUGAUGAUAUUUCAUCACUCGAUAAGAGUUUUGGAUUCUCCAAACAGUUUAUAACUAGGUAUGAAAUUGGUGAAGAAAUUGGUAGAGGUCAUUUUGGUUAUACUUGUUCUGCCAUUGUUAAGAAAGGUGAUCUAAAAGGUCAAGAAGUAGCUGUCAAGAUCAUUCCUAAAGUGAAGAUGACAACAGCUAUUGCAAUUGAGGAUGUAAGAAGGGAGGUGAAGAUAUUAAGAUCAUUAACUGGACAUAAGAAUCUUGUUCAAUUUUAUGAUGCAUUUGAAGAUUAUAACAAUGUAUACAUUGUCAUGGAGUUAUGCAAAGGAGGAGAGCUCUUAGAUAAAAUACUUGCAAGGGGUGGAAAGUAUUCGGAAGAUGAGGCAAAGGUUGUCAUGGUACAAAUAUUAAAUUUUGUUGCAUUUUGUCAUCUCCAAGGUGUGGCACACCGAGACCUAAAGCCAGAGAACUUUUUGUAUACAUCCAAGUAUGAUAACUCCCAGUUAAAAGCUAUAGACUUUGGCUUAUCAGAUUUCGUCAAACCAGAUGAAAGGCUUAACGACAUUGUAGGAAGUGCAUGCUACGUAGCACCUGAAGUUCUACAAAGAUCUUAUGGCACUGAAGCUGAUGUAUGGAGUGUUGGUGUAAUUGCAUAUAUUCUCUUAUCUGGCAGACGUCCAUUUUGGGCUAGAACUGAAUCCGGUAUCUUUCAAGCUGUCUUGAAAGCUAUUCCAACUUUCGAUGAAUCCCCUUGGCCUACACUUUCACCUGAGGCUAAAGACUUUGUGAAACUUACAUUAAAUAAAGAUCCACGCAAACGAAUGAGUGCUGCUCAGGCUUUGAGUCAUCCGUGGAUUCGAAACUAUCGAGAUGUCAAAGUAAUAUCUCUUGACAUUCUCGUUUUCAGGCUCUUGAAGGCUUAUAUGCAAUCAUCAUCUCUUCGCAAAUCUGCUUUGAGAGCUUUAUCUAAGACAUUGACUUCAGAUGAACUGUUUCAUCUAAAGGAGCAGUUUGCAUUGUUGGAUCCUAAAGAUGGUUGUAUCACUUUAGACAACAUUAAAGUGGCUUUGAUGAAGAAUGCAACAGAUGCUAUGAAAGACUCUAGGAUAACUGAUCUACUUUCAACACUAAAUGCAUUGCAAUAUAGACGGAUGAAUUUCGAUGAAUUUUGUGCUGCUGGGAUAAGCGUUUAUCAGCUAGAAACGUUAGAUUUGUGGGAUCAACAUGCUCGUUGUGCCUACGAUGUUUUUGAGAAUGAUGGGAACAAGGCAAUUGUGUUUGAAGAACUUGCAUCAGAACUCGGGUUGGGACCUUCGGUUCCUGUUCAUGCUGUACUAAACGACUGGAUUAGAAAUACUGAUGGAAAGCUAAGCUUCAUCGGUUUUGUGAAACUGUUACAUGGUGCGUCGGGUAGAACUUUCGCAAAGGUCUUGUAGAAUAAAAAGUUGAAUCGGGUUGGAUAG